UUAAAUGAUUAUCCGCCAAUGCAAUUCUUGCCUAUAGUCCCACGAAGUGGUUUCUGCCGGUUGCCCGCGGCGGCGCCUCGUUAAAUUUCAAGGUCAUGAAUUAAGACCAAUUUUAGGACAAUUUGGUCCUUUGGAGCUUUCCUACUCCACAUAAAAAUUCGGUAUCUAAUUUGACGAUUCCUCAAAUUUGGCUCUGGAAAUUUUUGUAAGCUCCACCUGGUGACUGUUCAGCCUUGACCUAGUAAACCUAGUUGCAGGGUGAGCAUAGUUUGGUAAAAAUAUCAUUUUCCGGUGGUUCCUCUCCGUCGACCAGCUGGCGUUGAUUUUGGCCGCCUUUAUUCCGUCAAUUGAGAUCUAAUUCAGCUCCGUCAAAGAUCUCUUGCUUUCAAACCAGCCUUUGCAAAGUCGACAAAGCAAAGGUUAUUUCAUCAUAUAAGUGCUUAUGUAGUAUAAAUAGCCUAAGGAGACGAUCUAUGGAAUUUGGAAGCAUGCAUGGAUACACAGAUAAGUUAUACUUAAUAGCUAAUGCUAGAUCACAGAAGUUCUUUGCUAAUGGCCUAGCUUUGGAAAAUUUAGGGGUUUAUGCAUCUAUAUGAUUCAUUUCUUAGUCCUUAGUGGUUUUAUUGAUAUGGUGCUGUAUAAUUAACCAUGUGGUUUAUGCAUCUAUAUGAUUCAUUUCUUAGUCCUUAGUGGUUUUAUUGAUAUGGUGCUGUAUAAUUAACCAUGUGGUAGUAAUAAAUGGGAGUUAACUUGACUAACCUCAAGGGAAAGGGUGAAGAACACUUCAAUAGAUGAGGAACCUUUAUUUGUGAACUGAAGAUUUAAAUAUGAUAUUCCGUUGUACCUUAUAAAAAAAAUGAUAUUCCAUUGUCAAGGCUUAGUGCAUUGAUCUGACAUCUAGAAUUGAGUUGCUUUUUAAUUAACUUCCACAUCCACUUGAGCCGAGGGUCUCUUGGCAACAACCUCUUUAUCUGACAAGGUAGGCUUAAGGUCUGCGUACACAUUACCCUCCCAGACCCCACAUGUGGGAAUAUACUGGGUAUGUUGUUGUUGUUGUAAUUCUUUUCAAAAAAUUAUUUGUAAGAUUAGAAAUGGGAAUGCUUAAAUGGGAGUACAUUGUUUGCUUGUUUUUCCUCUACAUCAGUGCCAUGCUCCUCCCUCUCCGUGAACAGCAGAUAGAUAAUGUCACUCUAUAAUUAUAGAAGUGAUGGUGUUUCACAUGUGCAUUGAUGGUUAGCUAUGAGUGGUCGUUAUCUUAUUUUUCUUUUGCCAAUUUUUGAAGCAGUAUAGCAUAGAAGUAGAAAUCUAGUGACUUCCAACAGCUCAGCAUGCCGAAAGAUAGAAGGGUGAAUUCCUCAUCCUUAAACGGGGCAAGGGCAUCUCCUUAUGCUUGUAGCUCAAAGAAUACUGAGCAAGAGUUAAAGAGUUCCUUGCCACCAGUAGGGAAUGAAAGAGAAUGGAAAGAAGCUAGGUGCCCUAUUUGUAUGGAGCAUCCGCACAAUUGUGUCCUUCUACUUUGUUCAUCACGGGAUAAGGGUUGUCUGCCUUACAUGUGUGACACAAGUUACCGUCAUUCAAAUUGUCUAGAUCAAUUUUGUAAAUUAUCAUCUGGAACACAAUCAGAAGCUCAACCAGAGGGAAGUACUAUAUCAGGGACCAUAUUCCACAGGGCAAGUCAGGGACAACCUUUGUCAAGAACAACCUGGUCUACUGGGGGACAGCAACCAGAGCUUGUCUGCCCACUUUGCCGGGGACAGAUUAAAGGAUGGAUUGUUGUAGAGGCUGCUCGUAAAUUCAUGAAUUCCAAACAGAGGAGUUGUUCCUUGGAGACGUGCAAUUUCAAUGGCAAUUAUGGCGAACUAAGAAAGCAUGCCAGGCUUCAGCAUCCCUCUGACAGGCCCGCCAAGGCUGACCCUCAACGGCAGUAUGAUUGGAGAAGGUUGGAGCUUCAAAGAGACUUUGGGGAUACUCUCAGUGCAUAUCAGACUCCAUUUGGUGAUGACUUUGCUGGAGAUGACCUCCUAACUGAGCUGCCUCUUGAUGGUGGUUUAUUUGAUCUCCUAGAUGGGUACACCGAGGCCGAGGAUGGAUUGAGUGAAGAUGGCAACUUGUUACUGGAUCUUGAAUUUGAGCUCCCCUUUUCUUUCCUGAACGACUUUCCAUUUUUGCCUUUGACAGUGGAUGAGUUUUCUGAGUUUGAUAGUGGGAGGAGCCCUACUCGAUCACGGACUAGUGCUAGAUCCGAUAACAGGAGAGAUUGGAGGUCAACUUCGUCAGAUAAUCAGGAGGAAAGACCAGCAACUACAAGAGACACAAAUAGGUCAUCAAGGCGCAUGCCUAGCUCCUUCUUCAGGCAUUAAACUAAUGAAUCAAUGCUUGGUUCUAAUUGUAUUGCAUAGCUUUGCGUCUCAGGUUGAAGUUCUUCGGUUUUCUGGUUUAUCUUCGUUACUGAAUGAAGGAAUUUCCACUCAAUUCUGUUAUUUGUAUUUUCAACUGAACAGUGUCGUCGUUCAUUUUCUUCAUUUCUUUUCCUUCUGACUUUGCUGCUUUAAAGAACACGAAUAGUCUACUCACGAAAUUAUUAUCAGUUCUGUUU